AUGUCGCUUGAUCUGUCCACCGUAACCCCUCUUGGCAUACCUGUCGACCCGUCGAUUGGCACCAACCCCCUCGUGAUGCCACACGGUUCCACUCCCCGGCUGCUUCGUCGUUCCAUAACGUCCAGGACAGCCAACGACUCAGGCGUUGAUGACACUGUCACCGACCCGUUACCUUUUGUUCCUGGCCAACCGCUCGUUUCGACUGCUUCGCCGCCACCCAGCACGUCUCCUGCGGAGAACGUAUGGGAGUUCAUGCGUGCAAAUCAUCGCCGCACUGACCGCGCAAGCUCCAAAGCUGAUAUCGGCACCCAUCGCCCCACCAUACCCCAGCUUGCACCCCUCCUGGAACUCUGGAGCUUCUGA